GCAAACACCACAGCAUGAUUCAGGCGACAAGUCACUCUUUGUGUUUCACUUGUUAUUGUGUUUUGGACUGUCAGAGAACUUAAAAUGAAAUCAGCAAGUGAAUUUGGGCUCCUGGGGCUGCUCCUCUCGACUCUUAUCAAAGUUUCUACAGGUUUGAACGGAUGCAGAAGGGAACUGGUUUCCAACACAACAUUAACCACUGAGCUGCAGUCUGAUGUGCUGUUGCCUUGUUACUUUAAAUCAGCCCUCCUCAGAUCAUACAAGGCUGAAGAUAUAGUGGUGGUGUGGAGUCAGAUAAAUACGGCUGCGUUUGACUUGCUUAGGAUUGAGAUUGAUGGCGACACCAGACACUGGGAAUCGAAAGACAGACGAAUCAGGUCGUUCCCCGAACACUCCUUAUCUGAUAACUUCUCCGUUAUCCUUCAUAAAGCUCAGUUAUCAGACCAGGGUCUCUUCCGCUGUGAGCUGUUCAAGGGAAUUAACUGCAGCAUUGCCUAUCAGGAGCUCAAUCUCAGUGUCACUUUGUGUAGGAGCAAGCCACUCGCCAGAAUUAACAUAGCCACCAAGCUGCAGUCUGAUGUUCUACUGCCGUGUUACUUCAAACCAGCCACUCUUGGAUCAGACAAGACUGCAGAUAUAGCAGCAGUGUGGAGUCACAGCAACAUAACAACAGAUAAUCUACUUGAGAUCAAGCUGCAGGGUAAAGUAAGAAAUGGAAACAUUAGGCCGUUCCCGGAAAGCUCAGAAUCUGGGAACUUCUCCAUCCUCCUCCAUAAAGUGCAGCAGUCUGAUCUGGGUCUCUACCGCUGUGAGCUGUUCAGGGGGAACAGUUGUACACUUGCUUAUCAGGACGUUUAUGUAAGCACAGACAGCUCCAUGAAAUACUGGCAUUUCUUGCUUGGUGCAGCAGUUGCACUCUGCCUGUUGUUGGUGUCUUUGUGCUGUAUGCAACGAAGAAGAAGAGAUACAGCAGACGCUUUGUAUACGAAUACUUAUUUUCAUGAAAGCAAAAGAGACUCAAAAGAAGAGGCUAUUUACGAGAACGACAUGGAGGUCAGAAAAAUGAAGAAUGCCAGCAGAGGGUGCUGUCAAAAUCCAACACAAGAAAACUCAAUCUAUGUCAACUGGGAGAGAAAAAAGACGUAGCUGCGAAGAAACUGUAAAUCCAGGCUUUAUAAAGCUGAAUAACAUCAAACAGC